CAUGUGUCAGGCUGCUGUGAGGCUGUUUUGGAGCUGCAGCCCAUGAAUUCCCUGUUUAUUUCUGUGUGUCUUGGAAUCCUCAGUGUCCUGCUGCCCUGUCACAAUGCCAAGGAGGGUCACAUCACUGAGCAGGACAUGGCUAAGUACAGGGAUCGGGUGAAAGCCAUGUUUUAUCAUGCCUACAACAAUUAUCUGGAUAAUGCCUACCCGUAUGAUGAGUUACGACCUCUUACUUGUGAUGGCCAGGAUACCUGGGGCAGUUUUUCCUUGACAUUAAUUGAUGCUCUGGAUACUUUACUAAUUAUUGGCAAUAAAACAGAGUUCCAGAGAGUUGUAAAUGUGCUACAGGAAAAACUGGAUUUUGAUAUUGAUGUCAAUGCCUCUGUGUUCGAGACCAACAUUCGAGUGGUAGGUGGUCUCCUGUCUGCUCAUCUCCUCUCCAAGAGAGCGGGCCUAGAUUUGGAUCCAGGAUGGCCUUGCUCUGGUCCCCUCCUUGAUAUGGCGGUAGAAGCAGCUCGAAAACUCCUUCCAGCCUUUAACACGAAUACCGGGAUGCCUUAUGGGACUGUGAACCUUUUGAAUGGUGUUAACCCUACUGAAACACCAGUGACCUGUACAGCUGGAGUUGGGACAUUUAUAAUUGAGUUUGCAACACUGAGUCGCCUUACUGGGGAUCCAGAGUUCGAGACAGUGGCAAGACGGGCACUCAAAGGAUUAUGGGAAAGCCGGUCUGAAAUUGGGCUGGUAGGAAACCAUAUAGAUGUAAUGACAUCCAAAUGGGUGGCCCAAGAUGCCGGCAUAGGGGCUGGUGUGGACUCUUAUUUUGAAUAUCUCGUUAAAGGGGCAAUUCUGCUACAGGAUGAAGAGAUGAUGUCCAUGUUUCUGGAAUACAACAAAGCCAUCAAGAACUUCACCAAGUAUGAAGACUGGUAUGUGUGGGUACAGAUGUACAAAGGCACAGUGUCCAUGCCAAUUUUUCAGUCGCUAGAGGCUUUCUGGCCAGGAUUGCAGAGCCUGACAGGAGACAUUGGAAAUGCCAUGAGAACAUUUCAUAACUAUUAUACAGUGUGGAAGCAGUUUGGAGGAUUGCCUGAGUUCUACAAUAUUCCUCAAGGAUCCACUGUGGAUAAAAGAGAAGGUUACCCUCUUCGACCAGAGCUUAUUGAAAGUGCUAUGUAUCUGUAUAAGGCAACAGGAGACCCCACUCUUCUAGAGCUGGGGAGAGAUGCUGUGGAGUCCAUUGAGAAGAUUAGUAAAGUGGACUGUGGAUUUGCAUCCAUAAAAGAUGUCCGAGAUCACAAGCUAGACAACCGAAUGGAAUCUUUCUUCCUGGCUGAGACUAUCAAGUACCUGUACUUGCUGUUUGACCCAGAUAACUUCAUCCAUAAUGAAGGUUCUAGUUUUGAUCUGGUGGUGACACCUUACGGGGAGUGCAUCUUGGGGGCAGGUGGGUAUGUUUUUAACACUGAAGCACAUCCCAUUGACCCUGCCGCCCUGCACUGCUGUAACAGGGACACACAGGAGAAGUGGGAGGUGGAAGACCUGGUUCGAGAAUUCUUCUCUAUUAAGAGGACUAAGGAGGUCAGGAGACCAAACACAGAACAUAAUAAACAACAUCAAGCACAGAAUUCUGUAAUGCUGAACAGAACUAAACGAAAACAAACUUCACUCCUUCGCUGUCCUAGUCAACCGUUUAGUUCUAAACUUUCAGUUUUUGGCCAAGUAUUUUUAGACUGAUAUUGGCUUGCUCAAUCAGGGAUCUUUUUUUUUUUU